GAGAGAGAGAGUCAGUCCAGUUUUGGAUGAAGCUGUGACUCUCUGUUUUCCGUCGAUAGUCUGAAGUGAAGCUCUCUGAGGUUAAUCGAUUACUUUUACAUUUUAGAUGAAGAAAGUGACUCAGAGUACAACAAUAUUUAUUUUUAGUUUGUUUUUUUUGGGGGGGGGUUUUUUUUGGCAGAUUGGGUGAUUUGUGAGAAAGUGAUCACAGCUGGGAGGAGGUGAAGAGUCUUAGGUCGAAGCCCUCAAACAGGUGCCACCAAAAUCUCAGAAUUACGUCUAUUCUUCAUCUGGUUCUGCAGUGACCUGCAGGAUUCAUGGCUGCCAACGUCACCCCUCAGGGCUGUGGCCCCAACUUGGACUCCCUCUACUAUAACCUGUGUGACCUCAGUGCCGCGUGGGGAGUCGUGCUGGAGGCCCUCGCAGCAGCUGGGGUUGUGUUCUCCUUCGUGCUCUUCCUGUCCCUGCUGUCCAGCCUGCCUUUCAUGCAAGAAAAGAGCCGCAGGCGCUCCAUGCCUCUGGAAGCCUGUUUCCUCGUGUUCACCUGUGGUCUCUUCUGCCUGACCUUUGCCUUCAUUGUGAAGAAGGACUUCUGCACCUGUGCCUCACGAAGGUUCCUGUUUGGGGUGUUUUUUGGCGGAUGCUUUACCUGCCUGUUGAUGCAGUGUGUUAGGCUGAACUUUCUAGCCAGGAGCAACCACGAGCCUAAAGUUUGGACCUUGUGUCUGGGGGCAUUGGCACUCUGGCUGGUGGAGGUUGUCAUCAACACAGAAUGGCUGAUUAUAACUGUGGUGCGAAACCCUCAAGGGAUCCUCAACUCCACAGCUGUAGAUAGCAGAGCCACAGCUGCACCCUGCAACAUUGCCAACCAAGACUUUGUCAUGGCGCUGAUCUACGUGAUGUGCUUGAUUCUGGCAGUGGUGGUGGCAAGUUUGGUCAUCAUGGCAGGUAAAGUCAGCCAGUGGAAGAAACACGGUGCCUUCAUCCUUUUUACGAUCGUGGUCACUGUUGGGAUAUGGGUGGCAUGGAUCGUCAUGUAUGUCUACGGGAAUCAGAGGCAUGGCUGGCCCACAUGGGAUGAUCCCACCUUGACCAUCGCCUUAGUCGCCAACGCUUGGGUGUUUCUUCUCUUCUACACUAUUCCUGAAUUCUGCUGUAUGACCAGCGAGGAUGAAAGCCAGCAAGACUUUGGAGAAGAUGGCUACCAUAAUCGAGGAGUAGGGUACGAGACCAUUCUGAAGGAACACAGCUCCCAGAAUAUAUUCAUCGAAAACAAGGCUUUCUCUAUGGAGGACACAACUCAAGGGUCCAAACCCAUGUCCCCGUACAGCGGGUACAGUGGUCAGGUCCGUAGUUCAGUCUAUCAGCCCACUGAGCUGGCUCUCAUCACCAAAGCGCACCUGGCAGAGUCAACACGCAACACCACCAUACCGCGAGCUUCUACCGCCUAUGCAGCCCACAGUGAGAGCAGCGCCCCACCGCUGCACAGCGAGAUUGGGAAUCCAGCGUACAUACAGACAAACGGAAACAGCGGUAACGGUGUGCACAGGAACUCCCAUUGGUGAGCAGUGAGAAACCCCAGUAGCGCUCACGCUGCAGCUCUGAAACAGCCAGUCAGCUGUCACGCUUCACUGUACUUUCAUGUUCUUUCCUUUGCACUCGCUGACUGUAGGUUUGCUGCUGGCCGUGGUUCCCUAAGCUGGCUCUGAAAGGAACCGUCAGCUCCAGCGUGGAGAUGAAUGGCGUCUCGUCACUGCUGACAAUAAAAAAAAAGUCAAAGCUUUUAUCAGCGGACUUUGUGCGUGCUGCCGGGUAUCAGACACUCAUUUGGAAGUCAAAGCAUGGAAUGACACGCCAUGGUUUUUUUUACCGUAAAGCCAUUUUGCAAAAUUUGCUGGGAACAGACUGUGAGCUCCACGCUGGACCCAGAAUUUAAAACAACCAACAGCGGGCCUUCAUGGCUUCCAGGCUAGACUUCACAACGAGAUAGGCCUGACUGUUUUUAAUACCCAGCACAGUGCUAACAGCAGAGUAUUGAUAAGUGGAUUGUAAUGGAUUGUCUUCAAACGUGGUGGGAAUAUUGUGGAUGGACAUCUAGAGGUGAUUAGAUUUUGAAGUAAAGGUUAAAUAAACAUGGUCCAAAACAACACCUUUUAUGUAUAUCUCAACAACGAAGAAACUGAGACGGAUGAUCGGAAGCAGACAUUAAAUAUUUGUGAUUGACUGAUAUGAAUGACUUAAUAAUGAAGUUGUAUGACGAAGUCGUACAAAGUCGAGAACACUGUCACAGACAGAUGUUUAUUUCCUUGUAUAUUUAUAUUGUGGUGUGUAGAGUCGGCUCUCCGAUGCCUUUUUAUUUUAUCUUACGGUAACUGUGUAUGAUAAAGAUGCCAACAGAACCCAAAAUAAGGGCCCUGUCCCACUGGCGUUUAGGAGGAUUUGCGUAUGGAUUGCGCACAAAAUUGGCCCAUAUUCGCCAAACAUCCGCAAUAUCCGUGUAAUAUGCCUGUAUGAGUCAUCCGUCAU